CAUUCACAUCUAGGGUUUCUGUUUCUUCCAUCAUACACUCCUCCCCCUAUGGUUUCAUUCUUCCAGCAUACACGUCUCUCUUCUCCAUCUCUAAUCUUCAUUCACAUCCUAGGGUUUCUGCAACCUCAUUCGCACCUCUCCUUCUCAUCCAAUCGCAUCCAUGAAGAUCAUGUUCAUCCCCAAGGUCAACCCAAAUCUAUAUUACCAAUCUUCUGCUCUAAUUCUCUCUGCCGUCCUUCAGCCUUACGAAAUCUUCAUCACAAAUGUAUGAUUCCAUCUCUUUGGUAACAAUCAAUCUUGGUUUUCUUGCCUUUUCUUUCGAUUUCUUACUUUUUAUUUACUGGAACCAAAUUAGGCUUUUUAUAGCCUUCAUCUACCUUACUUCACUAAGUUAUAGAUUGAUAACAAAUUGCAACCGAUCAAAGUACAUCACUUCACUAAAAUAUCCCCAUUGUUUUUUUUAUAACCUUCAUCUACCUUACUUCACUUUAGCGCCUUCGUCUUCCUCCUCUGCUGCAGAUUCCAAACCCUAGGUAAGGUGUAGUUUUUAGAGGUGAAAUAAUGGUGGAGAAGACGAAAGGAAUGAAGGAAGAGGUGGUGACGAAAGAGUACACCAUUAAUCUUCACAAGCGGCUUCAUGGAUGGAACAAAAUGGCACUUGAGUUGCAAGAAGCUUGAAGAGAUAUUAGCACAACUGAUUCACUGGUGGUGAGAAUUCGAAGUCUAAUCAUCUAAACAAGAUCCAUUCCUGCAGUAGCCAGUGAAGUUAUUGGCAAACUGCCAAAGGGAAUCGGUGAGAUGAAAUUAGAGAUGACAAGUUGGAAAAGGAAAUGUAGGAAAAAAUUUGGAUGGAGAUCAACUGAAUCUAGACAUAUAAUUGUUACUACAAUUGGAGGUAGAAAUGGUCCCGAAGACGGGUUUCUGCAACUUCAAUCUUAUCUCUGCCUCUCCUUCAUCCCUAAAUUGCAUCCUCAAGAUCUCAAAUCUUCAUCAACAAGCAAUUGAGAAAUCUUGCUUUUGGCUAUGCUCCUAACGAAGAAAAGGGCAAGGAGCCUAUAGCUACGUUUGGGGGUUUUGGAAACUAUGCAUCUGCAUUAAAAAUCAUCCGAUUGAGUAACGGGUCGUGGUGAAUAUGUGCAAAAUAUUUUUGUGCAACAUGCUCUCUACAAAUCGAAAUGAUAAAACUAUUGCAGGAGCAACUUGCUAUGGCAUAGAAGAAACUGGGUCAGAUUACGGGACCACUUUGGUUUAUAUAUGCAGAGCAGAAUUGAAAGUUACUGAAGGAGAAGCCUUGAAAAAAAUUGCAUAAUACAACAUUGGUAUGAAUUUUCUUUUUUGUAAAGGUGGCAAAAAAAUGGAUGGGUCGAGCGAGUUUGGUUUGAGUCAAAAUGAGUAAUAUUGGUAUGGGUCAAAAUGAGUCCGAGUGGGUUGAAUGGGGACACUAUUUGUCCAAACUUUACGACAUUCAUAAGCAAGUUGUUUUUAGUAUGAUCGCGAAAAAAAAUUCUAAAAUGUAAUGGGUCGAUUUAGAUAUUGUUCCAAGUUGUGUAGAUUGUCGUAGGUACACUAUUCAAAUUUGUAUAAUUGUUAAUAAUGUGUUGUGAUUGUUUCAAUCAUCCUUUUGUGGUUGAUGUGGAUCGUGUUUAUAUACUUAGAUGUUGGUUUUAAUCUUUUCUUAUUGGGGUUUGAAAUUCGUUGGUUCUGUUUUGUAGGGUUUUUAAUCUUUUGAUUUUUUUUAUUUUUGCUUUCUGACUCAUUAACAAGCCCUAAAGAUGGCAGAAAGUGUAUUAUAAAAAGCCUUUUGAUCAUGACAAUAUCACAUAUUUUCCCCUCUAUAAUUUUACAACUUUCAUUCCUCCUCUAAAAUUACUGUUCAAUUUUUUCUUUCUUUUCAUUGGUCUGCAUUUCACCAUUCUUUCUUUUCAUUGGUCACCACACCACUUCAUCCAACAUGUCUCUCUUUCCUGAAACCACUACAUCAACCGCCACUUUUUCUUUCUCUUUGAAGAUCUCACAACCACCAUCACAAAUGUUACACCACCACUGGCUACAAGGGGUAGCGGUGGCUAAAGGGUGGAGGUAUUAAGGUGGUCCGUGGUUUGUAGGGAGAAAGUUUGUAGAGAUAAACAGGCCGGUGGCAUUAACGUGGUGGUGCGGUAGCGGUGGUGGUUAGAUGUAGGUUGCGGUGGUGAUUGGCACUGAUCGAAGGUAGUGACGCUCGGUUACAUCUGGCUGGGACCACCAACGCCGCAGGCUCUCACGUAUCUAGGGUUUUACGGUGUUAUAUGUGAGUCCGAGCCGAUGGUUGUGAUGAUCUUGGACGAUGAAGAGUUUAGGGUUUAGAGAGAGAGAGAGAGAGAGAGAGAGAGAUGAAAUGAUAUACGUGGUUACAGGGUUGAAUGCGAAGGACGGUGCUGUGGUGGUUGUGUGGCGGGUGCUGUGGUGGUGUGGUGGUGGUGGAUGGUGGUUAGUGGUGGUGGUAGUGGCAACUUUGUGGUGGUGGUGAUUAUGGCAGAAAAAGAGGGGUAUGUGUGUUUGUUUGUUUACUGUAAAUGGUUUUUGAAAACCAUUUUCCAGUUGUACACAAAAUUCACUCUUUAAUAUUUUAUUAUUUAAGUAUUAAAAUUGUGGGGGUAAACGUCGUCGUCUGAUGUCAUGUGAGGUAUUCUUUUGCAAAAAAAAAUUAUUUUAGUUUUGUAUUUAUUUUUAUGUUGUGAUAAUGGUUUUGUGUUGUGGGUGACUUUUGAAUUGAAUUAAUCCUGAUGAGAUUCCAGUUUUCAUAUCUUUGAAUAUUUUUAUUUUCAUAUAUAUAUUAAAUUUUUCAUCAUUUAUUUUACUACACGUAAACAAACUUUUUAAUAUAUGAAUAUAAAAAAACUUUUUUAAUAUAUGCUUAUGUUAUUUGAAUUCUCCUAUAAUCUGUGUCGACAACGGCAGGGGCGGACUUACGUGUAAAUUACGGGUUCCCGGGAACCCAGUCUUUUUUUAAUUUUUAGUGUAAAUAUAUAUAAGAAGCUGAAAAGGAACCCAUAAGUAUAUUAUAAAAGGAACCCAUAAACAUAAAAGGCCUUGGUUCCACUGGUUAUAAUCCCGCUUUUCUUCCUAACCCACCCGGGUUCGAAUCUCGCCACUGCAUAUAUUUUAGUCCGGUUUUUUUUUUUAAUUCUCUUUUAGUUUUUUUUUCUUUAAACUAAUAAAAACAUUAAAACCCAUUUAGGGUUAUAUUGUAAAACAUACGCCGCACAAAUACUGAAAUACACAAACAAGCGAACACUCGAACAGCAGCAGGCAGCAGCGAACAACAUUAUCUCCGCCACCAGUCCGCCUCCGGCCUCCGGCCUCCGCCCUCCUCCGCCUCCGGCUGCUCCGCCGCCUCCGGCUCCGGCUCCUGAUUAUCAUCAUCUCAGUUCGAUUUCCGGCAUUAUCAGUUAUGCAGAAGAAUAUUUCAAGUUUCUUUCAAAGGCAACCACCACCUAACAUUGAAUCGUCGUCUUCAACUAGUAAACCCUUGAAAAUCGUUUUGGAUGAUCUUCCGUGGGAUCCUUCCGAAAGGAAACCAAUUUCAUCUUAUCACCCUAGUCAAAAAGAUGAAAUUAGACGAACAUAUUUGCUUCGAGGUCCAUGUCAACCGAAAGGGAAAAAAACAGAUUUUCCACAAACACUUAUUGGUAAUAGUGAUAAGUUAAGACGGUUCAAUCCAAAAUGGUACACAGAAAAGCAUGGAAAUUGGUUGGAAUAUAGUGUCAAAGCGGAUAAAGUGUAUUGCUUAUAUUGUUACUUAUUCAAAGAAAGUGGACAAAAAGAUGCAUUUGCGAGUGAGGGGGUACAAUGUUGGCAUAGGAAAGAAGAAAGAUUCGAAAUUCAUGUUGGUAAAAGCAAUAGUUUUCACAACAGGGCGGUUCAAAAAGGAGAAGACUUACUUAAAGAAGCCCAAUCUAUACCAGCGGUUCAAAAAAAACCCGAGCAAAACAAAGAAUAUAGAAUCCGAUUAAGUACUUCGGUUAUACUCGCUAAAGGAUUGUUGAAUGGCGGAUUACCUUUUCGGGGUCAUGAUGAAUCUGAAGCAUCCUUAUAUAGAGGACAUUUCAUAGAGUUUUUAAAAUUGUUCGAACAAAUAAAUGAAGAAAUUGCAAAGUAUAUAUUAAGUAAUGCUCCGAAGAAUUGCCAAAUGACGGCUCCAUCAAUACAAAAAGACAUUUGUAAUUGUUUUGCAGAAGAAGUGUUAAAGAUGAUAUUUGAAGAGCUUGGUGAUGAUGUCUUUUCUUUAUUAGUUGAUGAAUCGAGGGAUAUUUCUAAAAAGGAACAAAUGGCCGUGGUUUUGAGAUUUGUUGAUAAAUUAGGAUUUGUGAAGGAGCGAUAUAUUGGUGUAGUUCAUGUUAUGGAAACAACCGCUUUAUCUCUUAAAUCUGCAAUUGAUGAAUUAUUUGCUCACCGCAAUUUAAAUUUGGGUAGGGUUAGAGGCCAAGGAUAUGACGGUGCAAGCAACAUGUCCGGUGAGUUUAAUGGUUUGAAAACUUUGAUUUUGAAAGAAAAUUCUUCGGCAUAUUAUGUUCAUUGUUUUGCCCACCAACUUCAACUUGUUGUUGUGGCCCUUGCAAACAAGCAUCUUGAAAUUUGUAGAUUUUUUAAGGAAAUAACAGAUUUAAUAAAUGUUGUUGGUGCAUCGUGCAAACGAAUAGAUUUGCUAAGAGAAAGUCAAAGAGAGCUUUUGGCAUUGAAUCCGGAAGUUGUAAUUGGAAGUGGAAAUAAUCAAGAAAUGGCACUUACAAGACCCGGAGAUACACGUUGGAGCUCUCACGAAAAAACACUUCUUCGUUUGCUUACCUUAUAUCCUUGUGUUAUUGAAGUGCUUGAAUAUAUAGAAACUUCGGCAUGGGAACCAAUUCACAAAACUCAAGCAAAUGGACUUCAAUUAUACAUGAAAAGUUUCAAGUUUGUAUUUUAUUUACAUUUGAUGAAACAUAUCUUGGGAGUUACUAACUUAUUGUGUGUCGCUCUUCAAAGAAAGAAUCAAGAUAUUUUGAAUGCAGUUGAGUUGGUUAGAUCAACCAAAGAAGAAUUACAAAGGUAUCGACUUGAAGGCUUUGACUCACUUUUAAAAGAUGUCACAUCCUUUUGUGACAAGUAUGAUAUUGAGAUGAUUAACAUGGAAGAUGAGUAUGUUGACCCGAAAAACAGAAGAAGAAAGACCAAUAUCACCAAUCGUCAUCAUUUUGUGGUCAAUAAUUUCAACACGGUUCUCGACAUGCAAAUUCAAGAGCUUGGAAACCGUUUUAACGAGGUAACCACUAACUUGCUUACGUGUAUGAGUUCUUUGAGCCCGCAUGAUAAUUUUAGUUCCUUUAAUAAACUAAACUUGCUAAAGUUGGCCGAAAUGUAUCCGUAUGAUUUUACUUUUGAUGAAAAAGAUAAGCUUAUCGAUGAACUCGGCCACUACAUUUCUAAUAUGAAAAGAGAUAGUCGGUUUGAUAACCUGAAUGGGGUUAGUGAUCUUGCCAAAAGGAUGGUGGAAACAAGGAAACACAUUGAGUAUCAGUUGGUCUAUCGUUUAAUAAAGUUGUCACUAGUUUUACCGGUUGCAACGGCUAGUGUUGAAAGGAGUUUUUCUUCAAUGAAGCUUGUGAAGACAGAAUUGCGUAAUAGGAUGGGUGAUGGAUACAUGAACGAUUCUUGCAUUUGUUACAUUGAAAAGGAGUUCUUACAACAAGUUUCCGUUGAGAGUGUAAUGCAACGUUUUCAAAAGAAGAAAACCCGUCGUCAACAACUUUAGGUAGUUUUUUUAUUUGUAAAGACUAUCGUAUUUUAUAUUGUGUUUUUAAAUUUCUAAUGACGAUUUUCUUUUCAUC